AUUAUCUCCUGAAAAACCGCACGAUUGAAAUGGAAUCACUUUUUUUGUCAUCACGCAGGACUCUUCAGUUUACAGAAUUGAGUCUCUACAGGUGGUUGUCUGCAACCCUGUGCAGAAAGAAAUAGGCAUACAGACUGAAGGGGUUUUAAAUUAUAUUUUUAUUUUAUUUUAAAUGCGCCAACAAUCCCUCAGGUUUUAUCUUGCUUGAUUUAUGUAGCCUAAUGACCGCUUCACACACCGACUCGUAAUUUAUUCCCAGUUGUUUGAAUCGGGUGUGUCUUCUAAUUAGUUGAUUUGGAACACUUUGUGCAUUCGGUUUCCACUUGUCAUUCUAGAACGGAAAACCACCCGGCCAAAAGCCGACCGGUAAGGUGACAACGGCUGUGACUGUGUACUUCGUUUUUAUUUUAACUUGAUUAAUUUUGAACUGAGACACUUUACAAGUUCCAGACAACUAUGUAUAACAUGAUGGAACACGAGUUGAAGCCCUCUGGGCAACAGCAGUCGCACCAAACCGCCAUGUCUCCGGUCACCGGCAACUCUCACCCGGGGUCCAAAUCCCUGUGUCCUCCGGGCGGGGACCCCAUGGACAAAGUCAAAAGACCCAUGAACGCAUUCAUGGUCUGGUCUAGGGGCCAGCGCCGCAAGAUGGCCCAGGAGAACCCCAAGAUGCACAACUCUGAGAUCAGCAAGCGGCUGGGCGCGGAGUGGAAGUUACUGACUGAUGCUGAGAAGCGGCCAUUCAUUGACGAAGCAAAACGCCUCAGGGCGGUGCACAUGAAGGAUUACCCCGAUUACAAGUACAAACCACGCCGUAAAUCCAAGCCCCUGCUCAAGAAGGACAACCAGAUGGGAAAGUACCCUCUCUCUGCCGGGAACCUGCUGGCCGCCGCGCAGGGCCAAGGUGGGAGCCCCAGGAUGGAGAGUUACGGGUGGGGCCCGGCGGGAGGUUACGCCGGGAUGCAGAGCGAGGCCCUGGGCUACACUCAGCAGCUGCACCGCUACGACCUGUCCGCGCUCCAGUACCCCCAGGCCAUGACCGCAGCACAGACGUAUAUGAACGGCGCCAACACUUACAGCCCCAUGUCUUACAGCAGCAGCCACCAGCAGCCCAACCCAGUCAUGUCCAUGGUGAAGCCAGAGCCAGUGUCGCACUCCCCGACUGGUGGACCUAACCACCACCGCGGGCCUCUCCAGGGGGACCUGCGGGAUAUGAUCAGUAUGUAUAUCCCCGGAGGGGACACCACUGACCCGGUCUCCCAGAGAGGCGGCUACAGCGUCCAGCAACACUAUCUCAGUGGGACUGUGCCUCUCACUCAUAUCUAGGGAUUGGUGGGGAUAGUGACUGGGACUCAAUGUGAGUGUGCUGGCUUGGAGAGGCUCAAGGACACCAGUUAUGUCACACACGCUUGGCACAACAUUGUCAGACCCACCCAUUAUGGCCCUGUGUUGCGUUUAUAAAAAAAGUGACUUUGUAUAAAAAGGUUAUUUUUCUACCUCUGCAUUUUGACUACAAUAAUGAGCCCCCCUCGUCCAUCCUGUCCUCUGUCCCAAGACUAGGUUGUUUCGUUCAGUUGCCAAUCCACUUCUUGGACGGAGACCCUUUUCAAUUAACUUCUCAUUAUGAUGGACUGCUGUACUGUACAUACACAUUAUGAUGAUUAAAUGUUUAUGUACAUAUUUUUUCCCCUCUGACAAAAACUGAGCUUGACAUCAAAAGCUUCCAUUCAAAAACGCCCAGGCCCCUAUGUAUGUCACACAGCACGUGAUUGUAGUAUGUUCACAAUUGUUCCAUUGUGUUCGGUCUCCUGUAUUGUCCUACUGACACAGUAGUGUCGGCCCCUCGGGUUGAUCGGUAAUCAUCAUGAACUAAACCAACCGGGGGUCCCAAAUGGCACCCUAUUCCCCAUAUAGUGGUCUACUUUUGACCUGGGCCCUGCAUGGCCAAAAGUAGUGCACUAUAAAGGGAAUGGGGUGCCCUUUGACAUGCAGAAACAGGGGGGGCCCCACCACGAGAACGCAACACACUGGGAACCGGGUCACUCAAUCAAUAUUCUCCUAAGGCCAGUGACAUACAAAUCACAUGACCCACCACAAGGAUUCUGAGGAUUGUGAUUCCUUAACUGGUUUUGUUUGUGGGGCCUCUCAGAACAUCUCAAAUCAACUAACUGCUUGCUAGUGCAGUGAAAUGGGGAGACCACAGGAGAAAUGCACAGAGUAUAACUUGAAUGAAGUGACUUAUUUUUUUAAAAUAUACAAGUAUGGCCACUUGGUGCCUUCUACUGCUUUGAGUAAACACGCUUGUUUUUAAAGCCAAUCCAAUUUCCUAGGAUGACAUGGUAUAGUCUGGACAAUCUUAUGAGUUCAUUGGAUCCAAUGGAAACAAGUAUGUGAGAUGAACUGGUGUGUUUAGUAGUACUGUAUGUUCAAACCCCAUGCCAAUACAUUUUGGUUUGUCUUCAACUUUUAUUUUUUAAGUUAAAGGAAAAAUCCACUCAUUCUUUUGCUAUUUUAUUUUUCAUUUUCAUUAGUCCAAUGUUGAAACAGUCCCCAAAUGUUUUGCAUGUCAGCAGUCAAGUUUUCAAGAAGAAAAGUGUCACUUGCCACAUGAUGAUUUGUAUCAUGUGGCAAGUGACACUUUGCCUCUAGAAAAUCAUAACUUGACUGCUGACAUGCAAAACAUUUGGGGACUGUAUCAACAUUGGACUAAUAAACACAACUCCAAUAGUUUUCGCUGUACUUUAACAUAACCUCCUGCUGCUGCAAUGAGUCUUAAAUUUGACAAUAAUUGUUUGCAUUAGUCAUCCAUUUAAAAAAUACAAUUAACUGAAUGACAUUUUAUACAAAUGCUGCAUUCUAUUGAAUUUUAUUUUUACAAAAUACAUUUAAAUGAUUUUUCUCUAGCUCGGCAACUGUUUGUAUGGAUUUCUACUUAUCCAACCAAGCACAGUUACUACAUUCUGCCCGGGCAACUAAUGGUAGAGAAAAAAAUCUAUUCAUUUUACAAUACGUGUCUCCAUGUUCUCCAGCUUCUCAGUUUCAUAUUUCAGUUGCCUGCUGCUUAAGGUCUUCAGAUAACACAUUCCACUUUCCUUUUUAUAAUUCUACAAAAUGAUUGACAAAAAGGAGUUGGCAUAAAGUUCUCAAGUUUCCUGUUGUAACAAGACUUGAGGGUUAAAUGUAAUUUGUCUUUGUUUCAUCUGACAACACCCUCUAACUAAUUUAUGAAUAGUAAACCAGUGCUGCUAAAAGUUUAGAAUUAUUUGCAGUCUUAAACUGCAAGUGGGUACAUUUUUAGGCUGUGGAAGUGGUAGAACCACAUCAAAUUACAACCAUUCUGGAACUGUCAUGUUCCAACAGUCCCUUUUUAGUAUUGUAAAGUCCACUAAAGAACUUGCAUAAAAAACGGGAAUAAAUCAAAUUAUUUUUGGUUGGGUUUAAAUACUAUAAUUUAUAUGAAAGGAAUCAUGAAUGUUUUAUUGCAAUCCAAGUGUGUAAAACUUAACUUUUUUUAAAUUGAUUUAGUUGUCUAAUCCUUGUUUGAGAGUCUUGCAACAUUUGAUGUGCAUUGUGUAUAAAUAAACAAUUUAAGGCCCCUAUACUAAGGGUAUUUUUAACUCAUUUUCAUGUGGCAUGGAUGACAAGUAUUAAAACGUUUUUAAAUCC